AACCUAACCUAACCACAACCUAACGUAACCUAACCAUAACCUAACGUAACCACAACCUAACCUAAGCUAUCGACCAAUUCCUACGCUAUAUGGAAACGUAAUUACAGAUGAGAAAUAGAGAUAGAGAGAGAUAGAAGAUAAGUAUAGAUGAGAAAUACAAGAGACUGAGAAAUAUCGUAGAGAAAUAUUGAAGCAUAAGUUAUGAAAAUUGUUUUUAUAUAUAUGUUAAGUUUUUGACCAGUUAGUUAAGUUAGGUUAAGUUUAGUUCGGUUAGAUUAGUGGUAAGUUAGGUUAGGUUAUCCACCCAUUGUAUAGUUGACUGAGUUAAUCAUGUUAGUUAUGACAGUGGGUGGUAGUGGGUGGAUAACGCCGCCCACGAAACCACCCACACGCUCUUUUAAGGGUUGGCUUAUGUCCCUGGCCACCCUAAUAGCGGCAACCCACAUCCUAGCCACCACCCCUACCGCCACCACCCCACCCACAGCCACCACCCCACCCACAGCCACCACCCCGCCCACAGCCACCACCCCGCCCCCCCAAGAUAGCCUCCAUGGGUCCUACCUUGAGUCCUAUCCGCCCGUCACCCAGAGUAUAGCCCAGGUCCCCGACAGGAGUGCGCCCCUACACCGACAACUUCGGCACCUUCAGGAUAUCUACCGAAGGAGAUCAUGGAGAGUGAGGACCCCUUGGAGACUGAGGGAUUACUCCAAGUGGUCUGUGAGUCUCCAAGCUCUUGAUAAUUAUACUGGAGACCGGAGACGACAGAAGGACGAGGAGAGAAGGAAGGAAGAGGAGAGACAAAGAGCGAGAGAUAAAUGGUGGGUGAGACAGAACUCACUCCUACCACCACUACCAACGCCACUACUACCACCACUACUACCACUACCACCAUCAACGCCCCUCCUACCACCAGCCUGGAAUAUGACUACCCUGCCACCCACCGCCCCGCCACCCACCCCACUGGCAGAGGACCCAGCCGUGUUACAAGCUCCUCGUGACCUUAUCUACAACAACAGCCCAGAGAGAACACCAAGAUGGUUCCCACUGGACCGACUGUUCCGUAUGCUGACGGCAGGAGCUGAUGCAGGGUGUGUGGACCAGGAGGGGCGUGUGGGCGUGUGUAUGUUGCGGCCACAGUGUAGGAGUGCCGGGGGGACACCUUCCUCCUCCUGCACCUUCGGGUUUGCCUCCUGUUGUAUAGUUGUUCUUAUCUUUCCAGCUUUUAUAUCAACAUGUGGAACUGAGACACAAGGCAACAAAACAUACUGGGUGUCUACUGAACCAUCCCCCACCAACCUUGAUGCUACAGGAGGCAGGAUUGACACUACAGGAGGCAGGAUUGAUGCUACAGGAGGCAGGAUUGAUGCUACAGGAGGCAGGAUUGAUGCUACAGGAGGCAGGAUUGACACUACAGGAGGCAGGAUUGAUGCUACAGGAGGCAGGACAUGUACUCUACGCAUCAGGAAAAUGUCUCCCUCGGUCUGUUUUAUAAGGCUGGAUCUCCUACAGUUUAAGGUAUUGUAACUGUAGAUCUUUAUAAAUAUUCCUGUAGUGAAAUAUGUUGCCAAAACUUCUCUACAAUGACCAAUAAGUAAAAAAAAAAUAUAGAUAGAUUGAUAGAUAGUUAACAGUCAUUUAAAAUGUAUAUAGACAAUGCAUAACCCCACUUGACCUAUCAUCUAACAGCCUCACUUCACCUCUAACAACCUCACUUCACAUCUAACAGCCUCACUUGACCUCUAACAACCCCACUUCACCUCUAACAACCUCACUUGACCUCUAACUACUCCACAUCACCUCUAACAACCUCACUUGACCUCUAACUACUCCACAUCACCUCUAACAACCUCACUUGACCUCUAA